UGGGGGGACUAAUUACUCUAUCCACCAAUCGGCGCUGAUAUUAAUAGGCCGUGCACAUAUAGCACUUAGGAUUCGUGUAAUAAGCAGUGAUAAGACAAUUAUUUUUCUUUCAUUCAUAAGACGUUGUACGUUUAGUUAGCUCUUAUACACUUACAAACCGGCAGUCUACCUAGUGUCAUUCAAUUUUUUUCCACGACUGACACGUUACCGGGCCUAACAGGUAUAUACAUCAUUAUUCAAGCAAACGACAAUAUUAUUUAUACUGCACACCACGUGGAGGAAAAAAUACCUACUUGUUAGCAGACGAUAUAUAGACAGAAGAAUACUAAAACAUUGAUUGGUGGCGUGAAAAUAAAAUUAAUAGAAUCACCCAAUGCUCGCGAACUGACAUCGAACUACAUGUACUUCACCGCGAGAUAGACAGAAGGAGGAAUAGAGCAUUGAUCCGGUGUGUUGUAAUAUAUUCGUAGCCAUGGAAGACUUUCUUCCGCUGUGCUCGAGCUUGGAGAGAGAGCAGUACACUCUACAGAGACUCAACUCAUCCGGCGAGGAAACGGACCCCGGAUAUAACGGAUACCGCAGUAGUAGUCCGUCUUCGUCCGUCUGGAGCUUGGAUAGUAUGGACGACGAAGUCUAUUUGGAAUACUUAUUUUCUCAAGGACUUGCGGACAGCAUUGAGAAACCUGACCCGGUAAGUCCCGAGAUUGUUAAUAACUGUAGCGCUAAAAUUUCGUCUUUCUGUGAUUCGUACUGCAAUCAGCUGUUUAGUAUAGACCAUUCAUCGUCUCCUGCUUCUUCGUUUGCUGGUCGUUCUACUAGGGAUGAAGUAUUUGAGGAGGAGUCCUCAAACUCUGAUUCUACUGACAGUGAAUUUGUGGUGUUAGGCGUGGGACUGCAAAGUCUAAUGCAUAACUAUUGUGCAAAGCCGAGCAACGAAAACAAUGUCAGUGAAUAUAAAAUAGAUUUACCCAAAAAUACUCAGUUUGUAGCUUACUCACGAGGGCACCACGUUAGCAUCACUAGGCAACCACUGUCUCAUUCGUCUGCAAACUCAUUACUUUCGCAUAAGAGUCUUUUGAAUACAAUUGCCUCAGCCGGAGCUGUUUCCAAGGCAACGAUUCCAAGACCAACCACUUCCACCCCAGCCAAAGAUCCUAAAGUGGACGAGAAAAUUUACCACUGUACUUACAACGGAUGCAACAAGGUGUACAGCAAAAGCUCGCACCUGAAAGCACAUUUGCGGCGACAUACGGGUGAAAAACCGUUCUCUUGCACAUGGCCCGGAUGCGGAUGGAGGUUUUCACGCUCGGAUGAACUUGCCCGGCAUAAACGAUCUCAUUCAGGCAUAAAACCGUAUCAGUGUAAGAUUUGUGAAAAACGAUUCUCUAGAUCCGACCAUCUAUCGAAACAUCUUAAAGUUCAUAGAAAAAGGUAAUAUUAGGUGGCCAAGAAAUCCGACAUCCUGCCAAAAAUUUAUAUAUAGUUACAUUUAUAUAACGUGUGUUCGAAUAGGAUAUGGUGCUAUCAUUUGGAGGCUGAGAAAUUUUGCCAGAAAAUGAAAUCCAGGGAGUAUGUGUUAGUAAGUGGUUCAUCACCCAAAACACUCAUGAAUAUUACAUUUCUUGCUUUUGGGGAACGAAAAUUCAUCAUCGUCAGUCUUAAAGGACUUCGAUCUUCUGAAAUAUGUAUGAAGUAAAUAUUCUUGAAAAAAUUGUAAAGACCUGUAUGGCGUGACCAAGUUUGAUCGAUGGGGAACUAGUAGAGAUAUUUAGAAGCCGGAGUUUAGAGCUAUCCUCUUAUACAAUUAAUCAAUAGGACUUCAUGUAUGAAUCUGUCUCCGACCAUCAUAUUAUGCAUGCUUACAGAAGAAAAAAAAACGAUACAGUGAUUACACGAGUAUAGCAUUGGUUUGGAUCCAAAUGUUUUUUUUCUUCUGAUUUUUAUGUUUUUUGUUCCUGUCGCAAUUCUGUUCGUAAUUGGAUCCAGUAAGAAAUUGAAAGGUUGUACACAUUUCAUUCCAUUUUCAUUUAAUGCACUCAUUCGCUUUCAUUAACAAGGGUAAAGGUCUAGAGUAAUUUACGUUUUAUUGUGUAUUAAAAACAGCUCUAAAAGCAGACACUGUGAUAGUGUAUAGCCGUUUGUUUUCUAGGCGCUUAAGCGUUUAGCCUCGGGGAACAUUCCAUAUAUUUGAAAGAUUCAAGUAUGUUGAUUAUUCCGAAACAACAAAGCUGUAUAUCCAUCUAUUAUCUUUACAAGUUAAUUUACACACGGUGCAAAAAAAAACAGUCCCCUAGUCUAUAAUAAAAUUCCCUUUUAUGCGUGAGAAAGUUAUAUAUUUUAUGUUUGAAUGAGUUCAGUCCUAUUUCGUAAUUUUCCACAUAUUUAAUCCAAUGCAUCACGUAUCAUGUUAAUGUGCUAUGUAAGACAUUUUGAGUGCUUGCAAGUGCGAAUUCAUGCAUAUUCAUUUUUUUUUGUUAAACACAUGCCGGGAGCUGUUGCAAAAUUCACUUAUAAGUAAUGUAGGAUAGUGCAGUGAGUAAAUGUUCAUGGACGAGAGAAAGAGUGAGAGAGCUCGAUGACUGAAUCAUAUUGCAUCAUUAUACGGCGGGCUGGUUUCCGUCGAUUCAUGUAGACCCCCUUAAAAUGUAAACAUAAUCCUUGAAGAGUCAAAGUCCUCUUAAUAUUUGUCCACAUCAUGCUCUUCAGUUUAACAACACAGUGGUGGAUCAAUGACGUGUCGAUGGGUGUAAUUUUUUUUUAGAUGCUCUAAACCCACCAUUAUUUAAACCUUCCUUGUUAUAGUUUUCGUUCUACAAAUAUUUGUCAGACUUAAACAGUAGUUAGUAAAUGUUCCCUGUACAAAUACUCUGAUAUCCUAUUUCACCUCACCUGACUUUAAUGUUACCGGGCUUUCUAGUAUUUGUUUACAACAGGUAUAACAAGUUUUCACGUUUUAACAUUUUUUAAAAAACUUACGGUAAUGGAAUUUCCCUAUAUUCGUAUAUAUUUAACAAAACAGGAUUUGUUGUUUUGGAUUUUGGAAUUUGGCAUCCGAUUUUUGCUGUAUGCCACGACUCUUACUAAUUUGGUUUUUCCAUUAUUUCACCAUGUGAUUUGCAUAACUUCGAAUAAUGACAAUAAAAAUUUUCGUCUGCGUUGACCGCAGGAAACAAAAAAUGAUCUUAAUUUGAUUUAUUAAACAUUCCAUGUUUAUUGUAAUUGUUUGUUUAUAUGCAUUAUAAAGUUAAGGUCAGGAUUAUUCCAUGUUAACCCCUGAAUGAUGUUUCGCUGUACUUAAUUAUAGUGGUGCUAGAAUGUUUAAACUUGUGUGAUUGUUACAAUGUUUAAUUCCAUUCUAUGUGAAUGUUUACUUAGUCUUUACACAAAUGAAUUCUUACUUGAUUUUAAA